CCAGAGAAAUCGGGCCAAGCUUUUCUCUCUCUCUCUCUCUCUCUCUAGUCUCUCCCUCCCCGUCUCCAUACAGUUAUUUAAGUAUCACAGCCAGAAACACAGCAGCGCAGCUCGCUCUCUCUAUCUAUCUCUCUUCUGCGACCAAAAAAAAAAAAAAAAGCUUCCUUAUUUUCACCUUCUGAGCAUCGCGAAUGGCGGGGAACGACUGGAUUAACAGCUACCUAGAAGCUAUCUUGGACGUUGGUCCGGGAAUCGACGAUGCCAAAUCGUCGCUGUUGCUCAGAGAGAGAGGCCACUUCAGUCCCACUCGCUACUUCGUCGAAGAAGUCAUCACUGGCUUCGAUGAAACUGACCUUCACCGUUCUUGGGUUCGAGCUGCAGCGACAAGGAGCCCGCAGGAGAGGAAUACAAGAUUGGAGAACAUGUGUUGGAGGAUUUGGAAUUUGGCUCGCAAGAAGAAGCAGCUUGAGGGAGAGGAAGCUCAACGUAUGGCUAAGCGUCGUCUUGAACGUGAAAGAGGCCGUAGAGAGGCAACUGCUGAUAUGUCUGAAGACUUAUCAGAAGGAGAGAAAGGGGACUUAGCCAGUGACGUUUCGAUUCAUGGUGAUAGUGUUAGAGGAAGACUGCCCAGAAUCAGUUCUGUUGAUGUGAUGGAGAACUGGGCUAGUCAACACAAGGAAAAGAAACUCUACAUUGUGUUAAUAAGCCUUCAUGGCUUGAUACGUGGAGAAAACAUGGAGCUUGGUCGUGAUUCUGAUACAGGUGGUCAGGUUAAAUAUGUGGUCGAACUAGCCAGGGCCUUAGGCACAAUGCCUGGAGUUUAUCGUGUAGAUUUGUUGACGAGACAAGUAUCUGCACCAGAUGUAGAUUGGAGUUACGGUGAGCCAACAGAAAUGCUAAAUCCAUUAAACUCUGAAAGUAUUGAGGAGAUUGGGGAGAGUAGUGGUGCUUAUAUAGUCCGGAUACCAUUUGGCCCAAGAGAUAAAUAUAUCGAGAAAGAGCUCCUUUGGCCCCACAUUCCUGAAUUUGUUGAUGGUGCAAUUGGCCACAUUAUACAGAUGUCCAAAGUUCUUGGUGAGCAGAUUGGCAGUGGGCCAGUCUGGCCGGUUGCAAUUCAUGGACAUUAUGCAGAUGCCGGUGACUCUGCUGCUCUUCUCUCAGGAGCUUUGAAUGUGCCGAUGCUUUUUACUGGUCACUCACUUGGAAGAGAUAAGCUUGAACAACUUUUGAAACAAGGGAGGCAAUCGAAGGAAGAAAUAAAUGCUACAUACAAAAUAAUGCGGCGAAUAGAGGCUGAGGAGCUAUCUCUUGAUGCUUCUGAAGUUGUCAUUACUAGUACUAGGCAGGAGAUAGAAGAACAAUGGCGCUUGUAUGAUGGAUUUGAUCCAAUACUAGAGCGAAAAUUGAGAGCAAGAAUCAAACGCAAUGUGAACUGUCAUGGCAGAUUCAUGCCUCGUAUGGUGAUAAUUCCUCCUGGGAUGGAAUUUCACCAUAUUGUUCCACAUGAUGGUGAUAUGGAUGGUGAAACAGAAGGAAAUGAGGAUAAUCCUGUUUCUCCAGAUCCGCCAAUUUGGCCUGAGAUAAUGCGUUUCUUUACCAAUCCUCGCAAGCCUAUGAUACUUGCCCUUGCCAGGCCAGAUCCUAAAAAGAACAUCACAACUUUAAUCAAAGCUUUUGGAGAAUGUCGCCCUUUAAGGGAGCUUGCUAAUCUUACUUUAAUAAUGGGUAACCGUGAUGGCAUUGAUGAAAUGUCUAGUGCAAAUGCUACUGUUCUUCUCUCAAUUUUAAAGCUUAUUGACAAAUAUGAUCUGUAUGGUCAAGUGGCAUAUCCUAAACACCACAAGCAGUCUGAUGUUCCCAACAUUUAUCAACUGGCAGCAAAAACAAAGGGUGUUUUCAUCAAUCCAGCAUUCAUUGAGCCAUUUGGGCUGACUCUUAUUGAGGCAGCAGCUCAUGGUUUGCCUAUUGUUGCCACAAAAAAUGGAGGUCCUGUUGAUAUUCACCGGGUCCUUGACAAUGGUCUACUGGUCGACCCACAUGAUCAGCAGUCUAUAGCUGGUGCUCUUCUGAAGCUUGUUGCAGAUAAGCAGCUUUGGGCAAGAUGUAGGCAGAAUGGACUGAAAAAUAUUCACCUUUUUUCAUGGCCAGAGCAUUGUAGGACGUACUUAUCUCGGAUUGCUUGUUGCAAACCGAGGCAUCCACAAUGGCAAAGAAAUGAUGAUGGAGUAGCAAAUUCAGAGUCAGAUUCACCUGGUGAUUCAUUGAGGGAUAUACAGGAUAUCUCAUUAAACUUAAAGCUUUCAUUUGAUGGGGAGAAACAUGAAGGGAGUGGUACUCUUGAUAAUGCUUUAGAUUCUGGUGAAAAUCCUGUUGGUGGAAAAAACAAGUUAGAAAAUGCAGUUUUGACAUGGUCAAAACGUGUUCUAGGCGAUGCACAGAAAGCUGGGUCCAUUGAGAAAGUAGAGCACAAUAAGUUUCCAUCAUUGAGGAGGCGUAAGUAUAUCUUUGUUAUUGCCAUUGAUUCUGAGACAGAAGCUGAUUUUCUUGAAUAUAUUAAAGUGGUUAUUGAGGCUAGUGGGAAGGACAGGAUAGCAGGCUCAAUAGGUUUUAUAGUGUCUACAGCCUUGACCAUUUCUGAGAUGCACUCUGUUCUGGUUACGGGAGGAUUGAGCCAUUUGGAUUUUGAUGCUUUUAUUUGCAACAGCGGUAGUGAGUUGUACUAUCCAUCUUCAAGCUCUGAGGAUGGUCCUUUAGGGCUUCCCUAUGUGUUAGACUUGGAUUAUCAUUCACAUAUUGAGUACCGUUGGGGAGCUGAAGGUUUGAGGAAGACUUUGGUUCGUUGGGCUGCUUCUAUUAAUGAUAAAAAAGGGGAAGGAGAACAGAUUGUUGCUGAAGAUGAAUCAGGGUCUACCACACAUUGCUAUGCUUUCAAAGUGAAAAACCCAUCUUUGAUACCUCCAGUAAAGGAGCUUCGGAAAUUGAUGAGAAUUCAGGCCCUUCGAUGCCAUGUUAUAUAUUGUCGAAAUGGCACCAAGUUUAAUGUGAUCCCUGUAUUGGCUUCUCGGUCUCAAGCUCUCAGGUACCUGUAUGUUCGAUGGGGUGUGGAAUUGUCGAACAUUGUGGUGUUCGUGGGAGAAUGUGGGGAUACGGACUAUGAAGGACUUCUUGGUGGGGUCCACAGAUCUGUAAUACUGAAGGGCGUUUGCAGCGGUGCCCGUAAACUUCAUGCUGGCAAAAACUACCCUUUGGAAGAUGUGGUGCCAUUCGACACCCCCAACAUUAUUCAAACUGAAGGGUGCAGCAGCGACGACAUAAGGGUGUCACUGGCCAAACUGGGGGUCCUCAAGGUGUAGAAAAUUACAUCUCUUUCGUCCCCAUUAGCCUGUGAGAGAGAGCCCAGACCUUGCCCUCUCUCACUUGUGUAUGGCUGCCCCAAAGUUUGGCCUUCAGAUUUUCGGCUGCAUACCAAGUGGCUUUCCAAAAUGCUCUUCGUUGUUAAUUUAGACCUCAUCUCGUAUGGGCAUUUUUCUCUGAAUCUUCUGGCUUUUCUUCUGCUCCUUCAUUUCCCUGCCUUUUCCUUUUCUGCUGUUCACCAUAAUGCUGUCUUGCUUUCGGUGCAUCAGUUCUGUAUAUGGUUGCUACUGCUAUUUAGUUCAUAAUAAAAGCACAGCAAGGCAGCUGCGGAGUUGCAUA